AUGAGCCGCCGCGUGGUCCGUCAGAGCAAGUUCCGUCACGUCUUUGGGCAGCCGGUGAAGGCCGACCAGAUGUACGAGGACAUCCGUGUCUCCAAGGUGACAUGGGACAGCUCCUUCUGCGCUGUCAACCCCAAAUUCCUGGCCAUCAUUGUGGAAUCAGGUGGUGGUGGGGCCUUCAUUGUCCUCCCCCUUGCUAAGACAGGACGGGUGGACAAGAACCACCCGCUGGUGACAGGGCACACGGCGCCUGUGCUGGACAUCGACUGGUGUCCCCACAACGACAACGUCAUCGCCAGCGCCUCCGAGGACACCACCGUCAUGGUGUGGCAGGUCCCUGAUUAUGUCCCCGUGCGCAACAUCACAGAGCCGGUGGUGACGCUAGAGGGACACUCCAAGCGGGUGGGCAUCAUCUGCUGGCACCCCACGGCCCGCAAUGUCCUGCUCAGUGCAGGUUUGGGGGCUGCCACUCACAUCCUCCCCCCAACAACUGCUCCGGCCCCACAGAACAACUUUGAGGAGCCCAUCGCCCUGCAGGAGAUGGACACAAGCAAUGGGGUCCUGCUGCCCUUCUAUGACCCCGACUCCAGCAUCGUCUACCUCUGCGGGAAGGGUGACAGCAGCAUCAGGUACUUCGAGAUCACAGACGAGGCGCCCUACGUGCACUACCUGAACACCUACAGCAGCAAGGAGCCCCAGCGGGGCAUGGGCUUCAUGCCCAAGCGUGGGCUGGACGUCAGCAAGUGUGAGAUCGCCAGGUUCUUCAAGCUGCACGAGCGCAAGUGCGAGCCCAUCGUCAUGACGGUGCCGCGCAAGCCAGACCUCUUCCAGGAUGACCUGUACCCUGACACGCCAGGUCCCGAGCCGGCCCUGGAGGCGGACGAGUGGCUGGCAGGGGAGGAGCAGCCAGCCUUGGAGGAGGUGCUGGAGGAGAUCCGUGCCCUGAAGGAGAUGGUCCAAGCGCAGGAGAAGCGCAUCUCUGACCUGGAGAACAAACUCUGCCAGUUCACGAAUGGCACGGACUAG